UUGAUUCAGAUAUACACACAUGACACCUGAGGUUUAAUAACCUACAUUUUGUAUUGGCGUUUCUCCAGGUAUACCGAUUACCGUUCGUUAUUUACAAUGCAGAACCAUAACAAAAUACAGCUGAACAGAGUCCUAUCAACGGCGGCGAACAUAACUACUGCAGUGAUGACCUCUCUGAUGAACCGACAGCACGUGAACACGUCCACGACGCAAACAAGCACGUGCGGACCCAACAUCGAGGCAUCGACGUCACUGUACUCUCUAAAAGAGGUGUCUGAUCACUGUGAUACACAGUCUUUGUGGAUCGUCAUUCAUGAUAAGGUGUAUGACGUCACGCAGUUCACUUACGAGCAUCCAGGUGGUCUUGAGAUUUUAUUGGAACAUGCUGGGAGAGACGCGACAGUAGAUUUUGAGGAGAAAGGUCAUUCACGUGAUGCGUACAGCACGCUGACGGGGUACUGUAUUGGAGAACUUGUUCAGGAGGACAGGAGAUACAAAUGUGUUGGGGAUUACAGACAGAAAGUACCUGCUGAAUCCAGCUCAUGUAACAAUUGCUGAAGCAGACUAGCUUCAUUCUUGUGACAUGCCACCGUGUGUGGCGCGUUACAUUUCAGCAUUUUCUAUGUAAAGCUACAACAGGGCAAAUCAGUAUAACAGCAAUCAUGAAGACUUUUGUUCACCACAUAAAGUUGAAAUCCCAUUCACUCCUCUGUAAAAGUGUAAAUGUUGAAUUGACUUUCCUGUAAGUGUACACGUGUUGAAAUGGUUCUUCUGUCGGUGUAUGCAUGUUAAAUGGACUCUUCUGUAAGUGUGUAAAUGUUGAAUGGACUCUCCUGUAAGUGAAUACCUGUGUUGCUAUGGCUCUUCUGCAAGUGUAUAAAUAUUGAAUUGAUUCUAUCGUCAGUGUAUGAAUGUUAAAUUUACUCUUCUGUAAGUGUAUGACUGCUGAAAUGGCUCUUCUGUCAGGGUAUAUGUGUUAACUGGCUCAUCUGUCAGUUUAUCAAUAUUGAAUUGGCGUCCUUGCUAUUGUAAAAAAAAAAAAUGAAUUGACUCUGUCCGUGUAUAAGAAAAUAAUUAAACACCUCUUCUGUCCAUGUUGAAUUGACUUCCUGUCAUUGCAUAAAUGUUGAAUUGACUAAAAUAAAUGUCGGGAGUAAAAUUUUGAAUCGAGUCUUCAGUGCGAAAUUACUGAAUUGACUCUUCAGACAGUGGAAUACCAUUGUUGAACUGACUCUUCAAUUAGUGUAUGAGUAUAUGUUGAUGUACAAGUAUGUUUGUUGAAUUGACUCUUGUCAAUUACCAAUGAUGAUGAUGAUGAUGAUAAAUUAACAUUCUCAACCAUGACUUAAUGAAUGUUGCUUUGAAUUUGCUCUCCUGUUAAUGUGAAUCAUGAAUUUACCUCUUUGUUAUAUAAUUAAUGCUCAUCUAGUACAUGUAAUUAUUGUUUUCGUUGAAUUCGUGUGAAUUAUGUGUAGUCAUGAAUUCAUUCUUUGGUAAUAUUUGACAAAUUCACAAAAUGUGAAUGCUGAACUUAACCUCUGAUAAUUAUGUGACUAAUGAAUUCAACUGAAAUGUGUAUAUAAAAUUCGCCCUCCAGUGAAUGUGAAUUAUAAAGUUACUCUCUUGUUGAUAUGUGAAUGAUGGAUUCAUCCUGUUAAUGUGUGAAUGAAAUCCUCCUCCUCUUAAUUUAUGAUGAAUUCAACCUAUCCUGGUGGUAUAUAUCUAACUAAAUUCAACCUCUUGUUAAUUUGUUACAUACAAUAUAUAUAUAUACAGUAUUAUGAAGUUGUGAAUAAU